AACUUAAUUUCCUCCUCGAUCCGUUACGUUUUAGGCGUAACAACGUGUUGCUAGAAUUGCACACACACAUGCAUAUUUGUAGCACUCUUUAAUUGAUCAUUAGUAGGGAACAAGGAAGGUGGUCAAUCUACAGAAGCUAGCUAAGCAUAUAUGGUGUAGUGUAUCUCUUGCUCGCCAAUCGAUCAGUCCAUGGCCGUCCACCAUCCUCACCUCCUCGACUUCUCGCCGCCUCCCAACACGGUGGCCAUGGAGCCGCCCCCACCCUCCUUCGACCACGGCCACCUCCUCGCGCUCCAUGUCGACGGCACCGACAUGACCGUAGGAGGUGGAGGAGGCGUCGUCCCUACUCAUCACCGUGUCCUCGCCGCCGACGACACGGCAGCGUGGCCGCAGGCCGCGGUCUCCCUCUCCCUGUACAACUACAACGCGGCGGGAGGGCCGUCGUCGCUGUUCGGCCAUCAUCAGCAUCAGUUCGCCGUGCCUCCGGCGGCGGCGGUGUCGUCGCUGGAGCCGACGUCGAGCAUGCAGCGGCCGUUCCAGCUGAGGAGCUCCAAGUACCUGGUCCCUGUGCAGGAGUUGCUCAGCGAGUUCUGCAGCCUCGAAGGGGACUUGUUGCACGCCAUGAACGGCGGCGUCAACAAGAGAGCUCUGAAUGGAGGCAAUAAGUGGGACGACGUGGAGACGUCGUCGUCCUCGGGCCUUUGGGGGCAUCCGUCUCUGAGCUCCAUGGAUCUCUUGGAGCUUGAGAGGAUGAAAGCAAGGCUAUUGUCCAUGGUUGAAGAGGUGGACAGGCGGUACCGGCGGUACCGGGAGCAGAUGAGGGCGGUGGAGGUGUCGUUCGAGGCGGUGGCCGGAGCCGGGGCGUCGCAGGUGUACACGAGGCUGGCCCUGCGCGCCAUGUCGCGCCACUUCCGGUGCCUGCGUGACGCGCUGGUGGCGCAGGUGCGCGCGCUCAGGAAGGCCAUGGGGGAGAGGGACGGCAGCGCGUCGUCGCCGGCCGGCGCCACCAAAGGCGACACGCCGCGGCUCAAGGUGCUGGACCAGUGCCUCCGGCAGCAGCGGGCGUUCCAGCAGCCGGGCACCAUCGAGAACUACCCAUGGCGGCCGCAGCGCGGCCUGCCGGAGCGCGCCGUCGCCGUCCUCCGCGCCUGGCUCUUCGAGCACUUCCUCCACCCGUAUCCAAAUGACGUGGACAAGCACAUCCUUGCGCGGCAGACAGGGUUAUCGAGAAGCCAGGUUUCCAAUUGGUUCAUCAACGCAAGGGUGCGGCUGUGGAAGCCAAUGAUCGAGGACAUGUACACGGAAGAAGUGAAGCAGCAAUCGGAGGCGGCUCAAAACCCUAGCGGUGGCGGCGCCGGAGCCGGAGCCGGAGCCGUCAAACCCGAGCAACAGAGCACAACAACGAUAGGCGAAAGUGCCUUCCGAAUAACCAGCGCCGGGAACAACCCUACGACGACCUCCAUCAACGUUACCGACGGCGGCGACCACCAUCAUCUGUUGAGCAGCUAUCCAAGCUUGCAUGGGAGUGUGUCGCUUACCCUAGGGCUCCAGCAGCAGCCGUUCGCGUCGCCGAUGAUGAUGAUGCUGCAUGGUGAAGAGACGGAAGAGCCGGUGCUGCCAUACAUAGACCUCACAGCAGGUUCUCAGUUCCUGCAUGAUUUGGCAGGGUAGCUGCUCCAGCUAGCCAGUAGUCAAGUGAAGAACUGAAUGCACAGAGUAGUCAUGAAAAAGAACUCUGCUGUAUAUCGAUCGAUCAUUCAAUUAUUCACGGGUCCGUAAGAGAUUUUAUUUGGCAAACCCAAUUAGCUAGAAAGGGUACAUUAAUUAAUUAUAUUCUUAUUA